AUGGAGGAGUUGCGCCAAACAGCAUUUGCAUAUUACCAGGAUGCCCCGGAGCAAAUCCGGCGGUGGGUGGAUGAGUUUUUCUUGGAAAUGGAUCAUGAUGAGGACGACCGAGUGAGCUUGCAUGAGUUCUUGACAUACAUGGAGAUGCAUGAAGAUUGUACGCAUCUGAGUAACCAUAGAUUCUUCGAUGAGCUGAAGAAGGAAGGGAGUGAAGAGCUUGAUUUCUUGGACGUGGUGACUCUCUUCUACAUCGUUUAUAGUGGAAAACCCUUCUGUAAUGGGGAUUGCAAAAAAUUCGUAAAGGGCGUUUAUUUUACUUGUGUAAAAUGCUUUGAUCAUGCCAGUGAUGCCGCCAACACAUUCAAUGUUUGUACUGCUUGUUAUGUCGAUGGCAAGUAUGUCCAUGGCCACAAGAAAUUCCUUGAUAACUUCCUACUGCUUCAAACCAAGAGGAUGGAAGCUUUGAACCAGCUGCCAGCAUCAAGCAUUCAUGAGUCGAAGUCACCUGAGUCUGGUAGGACAUCAGAGACGAGCAAUAAUUCUUCUUCCCGUAGGCUCACCAACGAGCCAAGCAGUUCUGGUGCAUCCACUGAAGUGGUUCCCGUCAAUUCAAGGCCUAAAAAUAGGGCAGGGAGGAAAGCGUUGAAAACGAUAGAAGUGCUUCUCGCCCUGGGGAAUAUCUUUGCUUCCACUCAGUGUACCAUUAUGUGA